ACGGACUUAAUGUUGUUUUUCUCUUCAGAAAGCACGUGUCCCCUGGUGGUCGAUUCUGACCUCGUUGCCAGUCUGGUCGCUCAUGAUCGUUCACUCCGGCAGCAACUGGGGUUUCUACACGCUCAUCACCGAGAUGCCGACCUACAUGAGAUCCAUCCUCAAUUUUAACGUCCAAAAGAGUGGAACAAUCUCAGCGCUGCCUUAUCUUGCCAUGUGGAUCCUCGGCUUUCCCAUAAGCUGGCUCUCGGACUACGCGUUGAAAAGGGGUGCCCCGGCCGAGUGCAUCCGAAAAGUCAGCAACACCAUAGGCCUCUGGGUGCCUGCAUUGAUGAUGGUCGUACUGUGCGUCGUGAAGACCGAAAACAAAGCGGCGCUCGUGAUGAUACUGGUGUUGGCCGUAGGCUUCAACGCGGGCAUCACCAGCGGCUUUCAAAUCAACCACAUCGAUCUCAGCCCCAGCUUCGCCGGCACCCUUAUAUCCAUCACGAACUGCACAGGCACCUUUUUCGGCAUUCUCGCUCCGCUGGUCUGCGGAGCGAUUAUCGAAGAUCCGACCAAUCCCAACCAGUGGCAAACCGUCUUCUACAUCUCGGCGCUGGUCUACUUCCUGACGAACCUGAUCUUCGUUCUCUUCGGCAAAGCCGAGCGCCAACCCUGGAGCGAGCCAAGCGACCCGAACCGUCGUUUCCGUCGUUUCUCCACUGUCUACGAGCCCACCUCCGUGGCCAUGGUCGUGCCCCAGCUGAAAUAAACAAAAAUUUCCUAUACAUACACACACACACACAGACACGCGGUAAAAUAAAUGUUGAAAAGUCGAGGGAUCGCGGGAGAGAGAGAGAGAGAGAGAGAGAGAGAGAGUCGAAUAAAGGAGGAGGCUUAAAAUGGACUUUGCCAGCUUAUUAAUUGCUUUCGCAUCGUGAUUUCGAAAGGCUCGCCGUGCUCGUCGGGGAAAAGCAGCGGCAGCGGCAGCAGCACGUACGCGCGAAUAUAGGAUCAAGAUUUGAGGGUGACGAUAGAGCGAGGGAGAGAGAGAGAGAGAGAAAGAGGAGCGAGAGGAGAGAGAGAGAGAGAGAGAGAGGCGAACAAGAGCCGCUGCUCGCUAUUGUUUUCUCGAGUGGCACUCGCUGGUUCAAUGCUCGCUCUCGCUCCGGCGCGCUGCUACCAGAUGUGCGCGCGCGAGUCGCGACUAUAGGUACUGCAGCAGUACCGCGAGAGAGAGAGAGAGCGAGCUCAUUUUUCUGCGCGCGCGGUUUUUUGUCAUCCCCUCUCUACUACCCCGUGUGCGCUUGUGAUUUUUUUUUGCGGUUCAACGGCGUUCUAUAUUCCGUUUUUGAUUUUUUUUUUCUUCAUCGAGGAAUCGUACUCUGCUCAUAGAGGGUUAUUAAGGCUCGUAUACAAACAUAAUAUAAGAAGUCGCAGGAAAAGGGGAGCUCGUCGGCGUCGGUCAAUUAAGGAGGAAGCAGAACAAACCUCGG